GGGUCCAGUGUAAUCAUUUUUAUUUGUGAAUAGUUCAAAUAUUUGAAAUGUUUUAUAUAUUGAGCAGUUUCCAUGAGUUUCUGUCCAUUUUUCUAACCACAAUUAACCUAAAUCAUUCCUCCUUCUAACGUCACCAGCCUGAAAAGUUGACUUGUCGUUGGAAACAGAACUAGAAUUUUUUUCAGUCACAACUUUUACAAAAUAAGACCAUGAUAAGACGUCCCAUUUUUGAACCAGAAACUGGAUAUACCUUCGAGAUAGAAAACAGAGGUAAAGACACAGUCUUCUUUCUUUUACAAGCAAGAUCGAGGAAUUUCAACUGCAGAUAAAUUUAACUUUUAAAGGACAAAAAUGGAAAAAAUGGAAGACAGCAUGCCAAAAGUGGAUCUGUCAAGAUUUGGUGUGGAUCUAACAGAUCCCGCAUCUGUGAUGACUCUGUUGGAGUCAACAGAACUUACGGAGGAUGAGAUGGAAUUCCUGCUAUCAGAAGCCAUCAGAAUCAACAAGGAUCUGAAGGAACAGUUGAGUAGAGAAGAGGAUCCCGAGGCGGGUGGGGAGGGGGGGAGAAGUACAGGUGAAGGUGAAGGUGACGGGGAUUCUGACUACAGUAGCAGGGGUAGCAGUGCCACCAGCCACAGCAGCGGCAGUUCUUCUGCAUUUGGGACGUACAGUGUGCUUCCCCCCAUCAAAAAUACCGACCAGAAACCAGCACAGAAGACUACUAGUAAAGGAGCCAGGCAGUGAACAGGACUCACGGCAAGACAUUUCCUGUAAUCCAAAAUGUAUUUUGAAUAUUACCUACAUAAUAACAGUUUGCUAUUGACAAUUUUCCCAAAAUAGAUGGUGUUCUUUUGAUAAAAUUUAAACAUAAGAAAAACCCCAUUUCCCCUCCUACUACAAAAGCCCCCACAAAAAAAAAAAUAAUGAAUUUACAGUAAUAUCAUCAAUCAACCUGUCAAAGCAACCACUGAGUUACUAGUAUUUUGAAAUAUCUGUGUCACUUGAUAGUAUUGUUUUGGUAUUGUGGUUGUGUUAGGCUAUAUAUAUAACAUUACCCCUAAGCUUUCUACAGUUGCCUGAAAGGGUCCAUGCAAAUUGGCAAAGAAAGAGGGGUUUAGAGGAUAACAAAGAAAACCAUAACAACCCUGGAUGUUCUGGAUACACAUGCAUUAGAUGAUGAUAAGGCUAUUUUCCUCAGACGUUUCUUCUUUUAUGGUAGUUGAUGAUACAUUUUGAGUGCCAAAUAAUACAACAAAACAUCAUGGCCAUUACACAUGUAUGUGGUGUACCUGUACCUGAACAAAUCAAAACACUUAGUGGAUGCCAUUGUUGAUAUAAGAUCCCCCAUGCACCUGUUGUGAAGCCACAAGCAGUAUUUCAUUCACAUUGUUACAAUAAAGAUGUCACAAUAAAA